CUCGCUACCCGCUGAGCCGCGGCUCUGCACUCUCUCAGGCGGCUUCUUCCAGCUGGCUCCCAGCGAUCCGGAGCUCCCCAGUGCUCUUGCCCAAGUUCCAGCCCCCUGUGUCAGCCAAAGCUCGGCUAGACGGCAACAUGGGUGUCCCUGCGGUCUCGGAGGCCGGCUGCCCGCGCUGGGGGCCCCUGCUUCUCACUCUCUUCCUUGCUGCUUCCCGAGGUCUGGUGGCAGCCUUCAAGGUUGCCACACCAUAUUCCCUGUACGUGUGUCCUGAGGGGCAGAACGUCACCCUCACCUGCAGGAUCCUGGACCCUGUGUCUAAAGGGCAUGACGUGACCUUCUAUAAGACAUGGUUCCUCAGCUCGAGAGGUGAGGUUCAAGUGUGCAAAGAACGCAGGCCCAUUCGCAACCUCACGUUCCAGAACCUUCAUCUGCACCAUGGAAGCCACCAGGCUGCCAACACCAGCCAGGACCUGGCCCAUACCCACGGCCUGGAAUCAACAUCCGACCACCAUGGCAACUUCUCCAUCAUCAUGCGCAACUUGACCCUGCAGGACAGCGGCCUCUACUGCUGUCUGGUGGUGGAAAUCAAGCACCACCACUCGGAGCACCGGGUCCAGGGGUCCAUUGAGCUGCAGGUGCAGACAGGCAAAGAUGCACCAUCCAAAUGUAUCGCGUACCAGUCCUCCAAGCAGGACAGUAACAAUAUCACAGCUGCAGCCCUGGCCACGGGUGCCUGCAUCGUGGGCAUCCUCUGCCUCCCACUCAUCCUCCUGCUGGUCUAUAAACAAAGGCAGAUGGCCUCCCACCGCCGUGCCCAGGAGUUGGUGAGGAUGGACAGCAGCAACACCCAUGGAAUAGAAAACCCAGGCUUUGAUGCCUCUCAACCCUACCAGGGGAUGUCUGAGGCCAAGACCAGGCCCCCACUGUCCUAUGUGGCCCAGCGGCAACCUUCUGAGUCAGGGAGGCACCUGCUUUCUGAGCCUGGCACACCUCUGUCUCCUCCGGGUCCUGGGGAAGUCUUCUUCCCAUCCCUGGAUCCAGUCCCUGACUCUCCAAACUCUGAGUUCAUCUAGACCAGCUGAGAGACCAUGGGCAGUUAGUGCCUGGGCUUGGGGCUGGUACUUUUGACCUAGGGCUGGCCCUUGAAGUAGACCUUUUGGCCUUGGCCCUGGCCCCAGCCCCUUCUCUCCUGCUCUGAGCCUAGACCCUCCCCCCACCACCACUGGAUGUUACGUGGGUGGGAAAGGAGAAGAUGCUGGAUUGCUCAUCUCUGUGCUCAAGAUGUUAGAACACUGGGUCCUUUCUAGAGACCUGACUUUACCAGCCACAGAUGCCAAAUGAUCUAUCCCAAGAAGGUCCUAGAAUGUCCAGCGUGGCAGCAAUCUUUCUCCCUGGGACCUGGCACCCCAGAUAGGAUGAGGUGGGCACCUUGCCAUCCUCCCAGGCAAGAGACACAAGAUGUGGGAGACUCCUGCCCACUGUGGGUGUGUGGCUGGCUUGCUGUGUCACCCAUGACUGUUCCUCUAUUGGUCUCCCUCUGUUCUCUGAGCUCUGGAUCUCAGUUUGCCUGUCCCCUAUCCUUCCAGGAACUUCAGCUGCCUUCUGCCAGCAAUCUGAGGGCUUGUCAACAGUUUAAUCGAAUCUGGGGCUCUCAUUGCCUGCAUGGUGGUCCCCAGAGUUCAAUGGCCAGAGGCUCUGAAACAGGAAGUACGUGCUCAGUCCAGAGGCCACUGUGAGCCCAUUCUUUCCUGUCCUUACCACCCACUGAUCCCACUGCUCGGUGGGCAGCAGCAAAGGUGACCCCAUAAUACCCUGUCUGUACUGGGCAACGAGUGUGAAAGGGGUGCUAAUAAAGACCCCGUGGGGCGACAGCUGCAAACUGUGAGUGGGUUGGAGGCACUGGUUUGAAAAGCCUGGUGUGUAGCAGGCCUGGAGCCUGGGGAGGCUUCCUCUCCUAACUUUUGAUCUUCUGGGCCUCACCUCACAGUGAACCAGUAGCACAGAGAAAAAGCCUGUUUUGCUCUUAUGCUACGCUUGGCUCCCGUCUCCAGGGUCUGGCCAUGACCUGGGCAUGCAAGGGGAAUCCUUCAUAGAAAAUUUUAAAGCAUGGAAAGAAAGGGCCAUCUCUUCGGGGGGCGGGGGUAGAAACAGGGCAAAUGGUGUCUGAGAGUGAAGAGGGGUGAGGCUGGGUAAACCAGCCUUCAGGCUCCGCCAUGAAAGGAGCCCUGGCACUUAGAGAGCAAACUGUCCAAUGCAGGAGCACUUGUCUUCCCUCAGCCUCCACUGGCUGUGUUGAGUUGAGCCUGGGUGAGGCAGCCUGGACUGUGACUCAGACUCAGGCCCUGUGGGCAGAGAGAAACCUACCCAGUGCCUGGGGAUGUCUGGGUAGGGGUAGAAGGAAGAGUUGCUCUGGGCAACUCUGUGGCAGUAAGCCACCUGCUGGGAGCCUAGUCAAGUUGCUUGGUGAUGCCUAAGGCCACCUGCUGUGCCUGGGGCUUGGGAUGCUAGAGGCCUUGAGGAAAGAGCAAAAAGAAGGCUUGAAUCAUCACAGGGAUAUUCAAGUGGAGGCCUGACUCCUGCUUUGUCCCCAGGGUCUUCCAUCUGCUAACAUGGACCCUCUACAGUUACAGAGACUGUGCUGUCCUUAAUAACUCUCAGGGCAGCAGGCCGGAGUAGGGAAGUGCUAGGUGUUUUGUGGCAGGGCUGCGCUCCCCUAGGGUCAAAGGACAAACCCACAGACCAGACUCAGGAAGACUGUGGCCUGUCCCUUAGAGAGAAUGGCUUGUCUCUAGCCCUCCCCUCCUCGGCUUUGGACCUCGAUGCUUUGAGACAACUUCUAAGAAUUUGACCUUCAGACCCCUGCUUUGCUGCUGCUGAGUGGAAAGGGGAGGAGGCCCCCAGCGGAACAGCUGCCACUUCCUCCUGCUUCUCUUGACUCUCUUCUCUCUGGACUCUACAAGUGAAGGCAUGUCAGCUUCGUGGUUUCCUGUUUUCAGCGAAAUUUUGGUGUGCUCCAGGCUCCAUCUCUAUCCAUGAUGGGGGCCCUGUUGCCUUUCUGCUGCUGGGGGGUGGAGGGUGGGAUGGGAUGGAGGUGCUCCCAGUUGCUAGCUCUGGGGACAAGAACUUGGGGAAUGAGACACAGAGGGGAGCUGAACUUCCAGAAGGUGGCAGGACCCCUGGGGCCUGGCAGGCAUUGAGUGCCGUAUUGGAUUCUUGGCAUUGCAAAGGCCCUGGGAGGGAAGUCUAUACUUUGAGGGGCUAAUUUAUCCUUAAAAGAUCCAUCAGAAGUUGGGGGUGCUUCAUCUAUCUCUGGAGGUUCACAAUACAGUUCUUCCAGUAGCUGGGAUUGGAGGCGCCAUUAGGAAAGGUUUCUGAUGUAGCAGGGGUUUCUGGUAGCCGCUGGGGGUCAAGCAGGCUCUGUUGGAGAACUGCAGAAUCUCUGGGACUGGCUUCUCAAAAGACCAGCUCUGGGGCUGCCCUCACUCCUGUCUGGCCAGGACUUUGCCUGAACAUAUAGCAUUUAAAACCCUAGGCAGAGUGACACCUUCUUCAGGGGGUGUCACCUGGAGGAAGGACUCUGAGGAGGCAGAGAGGGUGGAGUCUGCAGAGGGUCUGUCACCCCUAUCAACCUUGGCACUGCCAGGGCGCUACGUGGAUGUCAGCUGAAGGUUGAACUAAGAUUUGCUCAGGGAACUGCAAUAGUCGAAAGAGGAACUGGGGGUGCCAGUCAGCAUGGUGGGGGCAAAAGAUUUUUGCAAAUAAGACAGCUCAGCUGAACUCCCUGCCCUGCCUGCAGAGAGGUGAACCGUCUGGUGCAUCCCCUGUGUAUCCUCUACUUUGCAUCGGCACUUUUCUUCCCCUUGGAGAAUGUACAUCAUCACAACCACUCUGAGUCCUAGGAGAUGGGGCCCAAUAACAGUCUAAGCUGCUUGCAGAGCUAAUAGCGGAUACAUAAUCCUUGGGUAAUUGGCUGAACCAGGACCUUCGGGUUCUACUCUGGGGACUGCCCAUGUUAGGCCUCCCUGACUUCCUGCCCACUCUGGUCCUAGCAGCUUCAUUUGAGUCUGAUGGGAUCUCCACAAUGGCAUUAUUACCUUGAGCUUGUGAGGCUAGAGACUUCACAGUUCUGACCUAUUGAUGUGGCUUCCUGGAAUAUAUAGUGAGAGGAAUUCUGAUGUAAUAAUAUAGCUGAAUGAGAAAGUGCUGAGCUUGAUUAGCAAUGCCUGCCUUGGGCACAGGAAAAGGAAGUGGCAGUAUGCAUGCCAUGUCUUAAUGUUUUGUUAAAAUAUGCUUCCCAAAAGACUUUAAUGUGUGUUAUUACUUGUUUGAUACCCCUCCCCCUGCACAUGUGCAUGCAUGUUGUGUAUGUGUUAAUGUGUGUGCAUUGAAAGCCGGAGGUCAAUGUUAGGUGUCUUUCUCCAUUGCUAUCCACCUCAUUUUUUGAGACAGGGGAGCCUGGAGCUCACUGAUUGGCUAGGCUGGGUGGCCAGCAAGCUCUGCAGAUCUUCCUGUCUCUAUCCCCAAGUGCUGGGGUUACAUAUGCAUUCAGCCACGCCUGGCUUUUUUAUGUGGGUACUGCGGAUCUGAACUCAGGUCCUAUGCUUGUGUGGCAUACACUUUAUCCACUGAGCCAUCUCCCCAGCACCCUGAGAGUCUUUACUAUCCCUAUUUAAUGCAUAGGGAAAUAAAUGGUGGUUCUGAAAGGCUCGUGUUUUAUCAAAACAAGUAGCUGGUGGGGCUAAUGUGGGUCUCCUGACUCCCCGGCCCAUGUCCCUUCACUUUAUUGAACUGAAGAGCCUUCUAACACAGGACCUGGUGUAGCCCUCACAUUGUACACCCCUGAGAGAUGAACCUGGGCCUGUAAUCCAUGGUUCCAGCUUCCUCUACACCAGGAAUGCUCUUAGACACACUCUGUCUGCUUUGGCCUUCUCGUAGGCCCAGAGAAAUUCUGCUAAUGUAUAGCUUCUUCCAUCAGCUCUAAUCUCCCCUCUCCCAACCUGGUAACCACAAAGCCACAGGACUUCUGAUAGAUAUGGUGGUCCAUGCACCCCGCUUGCUUGCAUUAGGGGCCAGGGAAGGAAGAUACCCUCAGCUGACUGGUGAGUCUUGGGAGAAGCAGAAAUUCCCCUCAAGAAGCUAAGUGAGCUAUAAAUUACUUAAAGCAAGGUAGAGGCAAGGGCCUGGGUACCUCAUGCUAGGCUGGGGCAGGCUGGGAAAGGGAAAGCACAGGGAAAGUGCCAGGUUGGAGGCCAGAGUCAGAGCUAGGGGAAGUAGGGGGUGGGGUGGUCGCAGCAGCAGUAGCAGAGGCUAGCUUUAAGGAAUGAGGUAAACUGCUUUGGCAGUGCUUCCAACCCAUGGCCCACCAUGGAGUCUCUGCCAGGGCCUGUGGAUCAGAGUGGGUGCAGAUUUUCUUCCCAGCAACUUGAGAAGCCCGGGUUUGUUGUCUGGGACUGUAUUUCCUGCUGGCUGCCCGAUUCAUGUGUCAAGGAGGCCACUCUCUCUCUAAUCUACCCUGCCAAGGUGCCUCAGGGCCAUGGCUCAACCUCUGACCUCCCCAUUGCCUUCCGCCCUUCCUCCCUGGACCCAGCCCUUCCUGAUGCAGGGGCCCCCUGAUGGUCAACUGGGAGUCCCCAUAACUGAACUCCCUGCCUAGAGCUUGGAGCUAAUAGAGCUAUCAAGCAGUGCAAUGACAUCCCCUGGCCAAGUGGCAGGCCACUGUAUGGCAGGCCUGGACCUGGCCCAGAUGGCCAUUGCAGCCUAGCUGUCCCUGGCCUGGGCAAUACAGGCUGAGGGCUAUGGUUAGGAAUGUCUGCUCUGGGAAGCAAGAGGGUGUGGCCCAGGGAGGAAGGAAGAGGGGAGAGGCAUGGACACGGGGACUUCUCUUGCCCUUGGAAACACACAUGUGCAUAACACACACACACACACACACACACACCACACACACACAAAUCUAAAUAAAUCGAUUUAUAAACAAAAACAAAAAAGCCCCACCUAUACUAGAAAGCCUCCUUGGCCCCAGCUCUGUGUUUUCAGCACUGGGUCAUGUCACUCACAGAGUGUCAAUUUUGCCCCAUGUCUUUCCCUUGUAGGCUCUGAGAGUGGGUCUGGCCCUAUCGGUCUCUGGCUUCCUAGCUUCUGGCAUGGCCUUAGUGCUGUUUACUGAAGGAAUGGAUAACUUGUUCAUGUCCUGCCCCCAGAAAGGCUGGUCCCAUGCCAGUGCUGGUUAUCUAGAAACCUGGUGGCACUCAGAGGCCGGGUGGGAACUGCCUUCCUGUCUCCAUACCUUCCCAGUGACAUCGGCCUGUGGCAGAGCAGGCCUGGCUCUGGCUGUCUCCUGUUUAACUCUAUCCUUGGGGACUUAGGGGCUCAUUGCCUAGAGGUGGGGGCUAGUGAGUAGAGGCAAUCUUUCAAUCUGUAGAGGUGUAAGACAGUCACAUAGGCCCAGGCUACAGGCCUCCCUCCAGCUUGUCAGCUCUGCCUGUCUCCACUGGCUCAGUUAGGCCACAGGGAGGGCAGGGCACUUGGGAAGGCACUGGGACCCACCCUUGCCCUUGGCCCAGCUCCAAUAGCUAGGGAGGGUGUGUAGCUUUGCCUGAGGCUGAAUGUUGCCAGGGCUGAUCCACUCAGAUCACUGCUGGCUCUCACCUCUCUUCUGGCUGAUGCCCAGGCCAGAACACAGAUGCCCUUAGCUGUGCCCCAGGGCUGACAGGCAGACAUAGCUCUCAAACCGUGUUCCUGAGGCCAGUAUAGUUCUUCACUGAGGUGUCUCUUGUAAUGUCAAAUAAAAGGGUUGGAGCUUGGUUGAUAGAGUGCUUGCCCAACAUGCACAAAGCUUUGGGUUCAGUCUGCAGCACUGUGUAAACCAGGCAUGGUGGUAUAUACUUGUAAUCUCAGCAUUUGGGAGGUGGAGGCAGGAGGAUCAGAAGGUCAUUUUCAACUACAUAGUGACUCUGGGGCCAGCCUAGGAUGCAUGUGACUCUGUCUCAAAAACAAAUGAAUAAUUAAAUAAAUAAAAUAAUAGAA